GUUGGUACUUUUUUUGGGGGUGGGAAUAGGUUAGUUACAGUGCCCUCUAUAAUGUUUGGGACAAAGACCCAUCAUUUAUUUAUUUGCCUCUACUCCACAAUUUUGGAUUUGUAAUAGAAAAAAAAUCACAUGUGGUUAAAUUGCACAUUGUCAGAUAUUAACCAUAUAUAACCAUAUAACAAUUACAGCACGGAAACAGGCCAUCUCGGCCCUACAAGUCCAUCCCCUAGUCCCAUCUACCUACACUCAGACCAUAACCCUCCAUUCCUUUCCCAUCCAUAUCUAUCCAAUUUAUUUUUGAAGGAUAAAAUCGAACCUCCACCAUUUCCACUUGGAAGCUCAUUCCACACAGCUACCACUCUGAGUAAAGAAGUUCCCCCUCAUGUUGCCCCUAAGCAUAAGAUAAAGAUGGCUGCAACAUAGGCCUGGCACAGCAUCACCUAGCCAGGCCUGUAUUGCAGCCAUCUUUAUCUUAUGCUUUUUUUGAAUUUUUGGGACUUUUUAUUUGCUGUGGAGGUCUUUCCUUGGCCUGCCAGUCCCUUUGCGAUUAGUAAACUCGCCAGUGCUCUCUUUCUUCUUAAUGAUGUUCCAAACAGUUGAUUUUGGUAAGACGAAGGUAGGGCUGAUGUCUCUUUAACAGUUUUAUUCUUCUUUCUCAGCCUUUCAUUGGCACAACUUUGGCCCUCACUUUGAUGCAUAAUUUUCUGCAUAAAUGUGCAUUUUAACCACAUGGUGAUUUUUUUUCUCUUUCCUAUUACAAAUCUCAAAUUGUGGAGCAGAGGCAAGUAAACAAAUCAUGGGCCUUUGUCCCAAACAUUAUGGAGGGCACUGUGUAUCGAUUGAGCUCUACCACACUGCAGAACAGCACAAAAAGCUGCAGUAACUCAGCGGUACAGGCAGCAUCUCUAGAGAGACGUUGCUCUGUCUGUGACUAGCACAGAAGCCACACCACUCAUGAAUGAGUAGUAAUGAGGCGGAUAUAUAAGAUUGCAGUGCAUGUUUGAUGGCCAUAUAUGGUUAUGGUGCAUGCGUGUGGACUAUAUAAGGUCACGGCGCAUGCGUGCGAACUAUAUAAGGUCACGGCGCAUGCGUGGGGGCUAUAUAAGGUCACGGCGCAUGCACAAGGGCCAUAUAAAGGUUCCUGUGCAGGCGUGAGGGCUAUAUAAGCCGCAGCGCAGCGGCCAUUGGUAGAUUGGUGAUGAGGAGGUGUGUUGGUGCGGUCUCUCAUCUUCUCUCUAUCCCUGCACUAUCACCCUGCCUGCUCUCACUCUCUCCCUGCCUGCACUCACUCUCUCCCUGCCUGCACUCGCUUUCUCUCCCUGCCUGCUCUCUGUUUCUCCCACUCUUCACUCUCUCUCUCCCUGCCUGCACUCUCUCUCUCCCUGCCUGCUCUCUCUUUCUCCCUGCCUGCACUCUCUUUCUCCCACUCUUCACUCUCUCUCUCCCUGCCUGCACUCUCUCUCUCCCUGCCUGCACUCUCUCUCUCUCUCUCUCUCUCUCCCCCCUUCACACUCCCCGCACUCUCUCACUGCACUUCCACCACCGUAGUCUCUCACCAUCUCCCCCGGGCCCCGAGAUCUGCCUCCCCUGGCACUGCCUGGCCCGCUGUAGCUUCAUGCUGUUUAUGGAGCAGAGGCAAUCAUCCACGAUGAUUUUGUUGAUUGUAUUUAAUAAAAGACUAUAUUUGACUUUGAAAUUGUUUAUUUUUAUUAAUCCAUGUCGUAUUGCUUGCUCAAGUGAGAUCAGUGGAAUAAUGUUUAGCUUUAAGGCCCUGUCCCACUUGCGUGUCCUUGGCACGCAAAUCACGAGCCUUCCUCGUCGCGUUGACGAGCACGGGCAUCAUGUGGCCGCACGGGGCAGGUCCACUGAGAAGCGCGGAGGGGUAUGGAGUCGUGCGCGGUAUCGCGGCGCUCCAAAAUUUUGUAGUGAACAAAAUCUUUGCGCGCCACCGGCCUGUCGCAUAACUGACGGCCAAAGUGGGGCAGGCCCAAGACCCUGGCACGACGCAACGUCUCGCCUCCAAAAGCAGCUGAAUCAAGCAAACGAUCGCCGUUGCGGUCGGUAUCCGCCCCCACUUCUACUCCCAGAGCGGGGCCAAGAAAAUUGAAGAUAGACACAAAAUGCUGGAUUAGUCCUGCAUUUUGUGUCUAUCGUCAAAUGACGUCACGCGCACCAGAAGGCUGUGCGGGUGCAUGAAGUCGCGCGUGACCGUCGAGUAAUUGGCGUGCCAAGGACACGCAAGUGGGACAGGGGCUCAAGAGACAAAGCGCGGAAACGGGCCCUUGGCCCACCGAGUCCAUGCCGACCCGCACAUAAGUACUAGGUCGGGACAGUCACAAUUUAUUACCGAAGCCAAUUGAUCUACAAACCUAGACGUCUUUGUGUUAUUUUGGUUUAGAAACGCAGUGCGGAAACGGAGUUACCCAGCAUUUUGUGCGUAUCUUUUUAUAAACAUCAAUGCUGGCUUUCUGCAGUGAGUGUUUUUCUGAACAGCAGUGGUUUAAAAUUGUACAUCGUGAUAGAUUUAAAAAUUGUGGUGAAUUAAGUAUGAAUGUUGUCUUC